CUUCACACACGGCGCGUGACCCUGAGGAUCCUAUUUAUGGUCCGAAAAGCACAUUCACCCGCUUCUUUUCUUUGGACGCCAGGCACCGUUGGUGCAAAAAUUCAGGAGGCAACACAACGGUCAUUGAUGGACGCACACCAGAACGCAGAAGACCUCAAGAAUCCAAAUACUCCAAAAUUUCCCGCGCCUGUUGAUGAUCAUCACCAUGAUCUCGCCAAAAGGCGAUUGGCAAAUUCGGAACGCAUUGUGAAUAAGCUCCCAGAGGCAGUACUCUCUGGUAUUUUAGAACAUGUACGGAGAGCAGCGGGGUUCCUUGACGAAACUCCCUUGUUUUCGUUGAUGAAGAUAUGUCAUCAUUGGCGUCAAGUGAUCUGGAAUGAACCGGUCCUGUGGACAUGUGCAAGUAUUAUCUUCUCCAAGUCGGGGUCCGCCGAAAAGCAGCUUGCACUACAUAUCGACAGGUCCAAAGGGUUGCCUCUCAGCGUAAAACUCUCCUUCACACAGCGUUAUCCGAACCUUGGACAUACGUGGCGCCCUCCGGAAACACUCUUUAUCCUCUUCACCAAGGCCAUGCCAGCGCUGGAGGAACUCGUCAUUCAGGCUAAGCCGAGUACGGAUUACACAGAUGAUUGCUCCUCCAUGCUCUUCCUUCCCUCCAUGGUGGAUAGGUGUCUGCGAAGAGUCGACAUCCGAAAUUCCUCCACCUGGAGCUUUUCCCUCAAAGGGUUGAGCCGAACUAUUCUCACUGAGCUCCACAUCGACCAAGCAAUGAACAUUAAAUCAACUUGGGCUUUUCUAAAGCAAUGUGUAGCUCUAGAGCAUCUCUACUGGAGAGCGUCGUCAAGGGAUGGUUGGACCCCAAAGUCCCAACUCCGCUUGCCUAGACUCAAAACCCUGGUACUACAGGGUGACAUCGCAUCAUAUUCUCAGGCAUUCCAAACCGUUAACUUGCAACACCUUUUCAUCACUCAGUCUACCACGGAUGAGCCUCCAAAGAUCAGCACCUCACCGCCCCUCCGAACUGCCGUUAUCAACGCACCUUCGCUCUCGCUGGCGGUUCUUGACGACUUUGUCUUGCGCCAUCCGUGCCUUGAGUCGCUUGCCUUGACGCCCUUGGGGAUAAAAGGGUACACAGACGCCAAAUGGGUGUCAGAUGUGUCAGCCCUGCCCCAAUCUGUCCUCUCGAGAACUCUCAUUCACCACUCAGCCUUCCGAAGCCUCUAUCUGGUUAUGGACGAUGGCGAUGUUGAUUCGCUUCACGCUAGCACAGACAAGGACGCAAGCCUCACAAGCGCGGUGAAGAGGAUUGUCACCCAGCACACAGGCAUAACUGGACGGGUGCAAGAUGAUGUGUUCGAAUUGUUUUGGUGUGACGUUAAAGAGAUUGCCGCGGAGUUCAGCGAGGUGGUGAAAAUUGGGUCAAGGCAUGAUCUUAUCUCGGUAUUCGGUCAAGUUCUGGAGGACAAUAUGAGUGAUUAAGUUGUGUUAUGAACGCAUGUUGGUUGAACAGCGGUGAUGUUCGUCCAUGGCCGGUUUUUCUUGGGCGUUCUUUGUAUGAUAUUGCCUUAUUCUUUCUUUGUUUCAUAGACAUAAUCCCUUGACCCAUGUAGCAUACAAGUCUUCGCGUAUAUAGAAUUACAACUAGUUGCCAGUGCAGCAAUCAAUGCA